AUGCCGCCCAAACGUCCAGCCGCUGCAAAGAAGAAAAAGGGCAACUCCAAGCCCUCUUCGAAACCAUCCUCGAAACAGAGCCAAAGCCCGAAACCCGACAAAGAACCGACCCCUCCUGCCAACCAAGCGACAGUGAUGACAGGGACAGACAAGAACCUCGAAGCGGGAGGUGGAAGUCCACCUGAGCUUUCAGCUGCGGUAGCAGAUCUGGAGUGUCUCAAGGCCACCCACAAUGACUGGGGGGCAAGGUGCAAUCGAUGGGACACCAAGACGAUCGGUGAUCUGGAGGAAAUAUUCCUCCAUCUUUUCAUUAACGUCGGGAACUGGGCAUAUCGGAAUAUUGAUGCCCCGGCCCUGGACAGCCUUUCUGCGAGCACCAAGCAAGAUCUCCUUAGGCGCCUUGAAGGCUACUGUCUCCAGGCAGAUCUUAAUGAAACCAUGUCCAGACUUUGCCCUCUCGUCCGAAAUGCCUUUGCCGAUAAACUGGUGACCAUGCUUCUGAUCAAGGAUUGCAUUACGCGAUUCUUUAUCAAUCCGUUUUGGUAUAUCGCGCCUGACCCAAACCCCGCCCCUGAUACCGAUGAGGGGAUCCAAGCAAGACCGACGGAGUUUGGCAAGCAGCUCUAUACCUUUUUCGAAAUAUCCUUCCAACCGGGAACGGAUUCAUCCCCUCGUGGCGUUUAUGGACAGUCCGCUUCUCCAACCCACAGGAUCCCUUUUUUCGAUCCCCAUCGUACAAUCUCGAGUGACUUUUCCACACAGAUGCAUGAGCGUCGGGAAUCCAUGGUCGACGUGAUGGUCCAGCAGGUCUUGACUGACCCGCUCCUCCAGACGCUCCUGACCACCCCGGAAAACAAAGACGAUGCUACGUCGCGGGACCGAGAGCUGAAAGAGAUCUAUCAGGAGGCUGCCCGGCUAGCGGUUGAUAUAUCAACCCAUACUAUCUAUUUGGAGUUCCGGACACUGGACAAUAUUGAGCCGAGGUUUCAGCGUCCCUCGACAGAUCUUGAACCGUCAGCCCGGUGUGGCUUGCAGGAGAUUGAUAACCGCCCAGAUGGGCAUCGAAUUCUGGCCAUGAGCUACCCAGCCAUCUACGUCCAUGAUGAUAUGACACAGCCUCCCUUGAGGUCGUGUUUGGUAAAGGGUUGUGUUCUCCUUGAGAACGACCAGGACUGA